CAAUCCAAUAUGGCGGCCUCAUCGUGCGAGCGUAAUAUUUAGCACUCGCCCGCCAAAAGAUAGCCUACUGUGCAGGUUAAACUUUAUUAGAGUUCUGUUAGAGCAAGAAAAAAUGUGUAGCAACAUGCAAGAUAAAUUCAAUCUUUUUGGUCGUGGAUUUAUAGCAGUUCAUGUUGGUGCUGGGUAUCAUUCUGUUUCACACGAAAAUGAGUACAAACAGGCCUGCAGAGCUGCAUGUGCCGAGGCCAUGAAAGCUAUCAAACAGGGAUCCUCAGCCAAAGAUGUUGUGAUCACUGCAAUAACAGCUUUAGAGGAUUUUCCUUGCACUAAUGCAGGGAUUGGUUCUAACUUAACCAAAUCAGGAACAGUAGAGUGUGAUGCAAGUAUAAUGGAUGGGAAUUCCUCAGCAUUUGGAGCUGUUGGUGCUCUUAAGGGAAUAAGGAAUCCUAUUCAGGUAGCUGGUAAACUGUUGGAGGGGGACAUGUCAGGACCAUCCGUUUUGGGUCUUAUUUCUCCAAUCUUUCUUGCAGGAGAAGGAGCUUAUCUAUGGGCACUGGAUCAUGGUUUCAUUGCAUGUCGUGAUGAAGACAUGAUCACAGACAAAAGCAUCCAAACAUGGAAAAGAUGCAAGUCAAGAUUAGAGUUAUCUGAUGUAGAUUAUAAAUCCAAGCCAUGUCCACUUGAAAACCUGUGUAAUGUAUCAAAUGAGGGUAACCACAUGGACACUGUUGGUGCAGUUUGUAUGGACAGGCAUGGACACCUCUGUGCUGGUGUUUCCAGUGGUGGUGUUAUUUAUAAAACACCGGGUCGUAUUGGUCAGGCAAGUGUUUAUGGCUGUGGCUGCUGGGCAACAAGUCGUCAAAUGAACAAAGUUGGAGUGGCCUGUUGUACAUCAGGUUGUGGAGAACAUUUGAUGAAGUCCAUUUUGGCCAAAGAGUGUGCCAGAUUGGCGUCAAGAAGGGACGCAGUCAGUGCGGUUCAGGAGGGACUUGAGGACGUGUUUUUAGGGUCACCUUUCCUUUCAACAGUGGAGCAGAAGUUAGGAGGGGUGCUGCUUCUACGAGUGGAGGAAGAGGAGACCGCCGAUGAUUGUACGGUUGAUCUUGUCUGGGGUCACACUACAGAGAGUAUGUGUAUUGGUUACAUGACGGAACAAGAUAAAAGACCAAAGGUUCGGCUCUCUCGCCUGCAUAAGGGACAGCAACAUCCCCUGUUAGUUGAGGGAACAGUUUACCGACUACCCCAUAGAUAGUGUCCGUAUUUACAAACAAAACCAUCUCCUUUGUGCUUCCGUCGUUCUUAAGAUGUUAAGCAACGCUUCCAUUACGUUACAACCCAAGGAAUGACUGCGAAGGAGAUAGUGGUUCCGUGCAUGUCGUACGAGCUCUCUGUAGCCAGAAGCUCUGACAAAUCACCAACUAUUUCAAGCUGGCGACAUCCAGGGUGAAUUGAAUCGAGGUCACGAGUAAUCAAAUGAAAUGUAAACCGUGGAUUUGAUUACUAUGGAAACGAAGAUGGGCUCAAUAAUGAUCCGAAUGAAGAAACAUUUGAUUGAGUGGACCUUGGGAACGAAGAUGUGGUUUGGUGACUCAAAAUACACGAACAAAAAAGGGUGGCCAGUCUUUACUUAACAGAGAGAUAUUCUUGAAUAUAUUUAUGUCGUGGUGUUCCCAUCUAAAUGUUAGGAAAAAGAGCAACAUAUUCCUUAAGCUAGAAGAUUUAUCUAGGAGAAAUUUACCAGCUCUUGAUCUCUUGAUUUCUAAUAGUUUACAUGUUACAUCGCUUCUUGACCACAGGCCUCCCAUAAUACUCAUUCUGUUACACAGUGUACGAGUUAUGGAGGAUGUUUAGAAAAUCACUUUUUGUUGUAAACACGCUUUCAUGUAAUAUCAGUAUGCAAGUAAAAGUCACUGAACUUAAA